CUUUCAUUUCAUUGGCAAGUUUCACUUUUCAUCAGUUUGUCUCUCCACUUCGAAGAGAACAAGUGUUAAAAAUACAUCCUGUACCAUGAAUAAAUAUGCAUGUUGUUUGGUUGUGCUGAUUAGCUUGAUAACAAUAUCAUCUGCGAUUCAACCACGUGCACCAAAUUUCCAAUAUUUUGAAAGACCGAAAUAUCGAUAUCCUUAUUACGAUGAGAAUGGAGUUGGACGUCUUUUAUACGGAUAUGGGGAUGACAAACUUUAUCAGUACAAAACAUUCACCCCACUGGAGGGUAUACACUGAAAGAUAUUUUGUUGUAUGUAACGUAAUUUUUGCAAAUCCCAGAUGAUACAUUUUCUAGAAAAAUGAAUAUGAAUGAUCACUGCAAUAAACCAAAAUACACGAAUUUUGACCACUUUGAUUUUUGAUGUAAUAAGUAAUAACUGCUAAAAUUACACAUAAUAAAAACUCGAAUAAUUAUUGUUAUGAUGGAAUAAUACGUUAAAACCGGUACUAUACAACCUGUACAAGCAAAACAUUUAUUUUCUUCACGUUUACUAUUGCGUUUUUAAUGAUGAAUUUAUACUUCUUGCAGUAAGGUUUUACAAAUGUCAUAAUUACGAAAUUUGAAGUCACAUUGGUAAAAAUUCGUGUACAUUUUUUUCUCCGUUGUAUUAACAUUAUUAACAUUUUAUAACGAAUACAUUAAUUACAACAACCAAGUAUGUUUUGUUUUCAUAAGCAGAGCAUGACGGUUAGAAUCGUUAAAACAUUUUCUACAUAUUUAGUUUAUAGUUAUUUUAGAGAACUUUUCAGUUUACCUAGUCAUAAAAUGCUUGGCCUACAAAACAUUCGACUGUUAAAAGCAUGUAGUUACCUAAAA